AUGCGGCGAAAUCAACCAAAGUAUUUCACGCAAUUCCAGAGCAAAACCCCGCGCGCUGCAUAUUUUACUGCAAAAUCUAAAUUUAUUAAAGAAUUCAAAGCUUGCUUGAAUUGUUUAAGUCCAGGGCAUUACAAAGAACGCUGUAAUAGCUCAUCCGCUUGCCGAAUAUGUCAUCAACGACACGAUACGCUGCUUCACAGUAAUACACGUUCACCCGCCGCCACAUCGGCUCAUGUCGUCGAUGCCAUCGCAGCCGCUUCGAAUCCCGCAUCUGUAAGCAACCAUGCAACUGGUUCAUCUGCCACCGCUUUAGCAGUGAAUAGCGCUGCUUCACACGUUUCGUCCUGCUUGAGUGCUGGUUCCAUUCCGCUACCUGCAACGCAAAAAUCAGUUAUAUUAUCUACCGCAUUAGUAAAGAUUCGAGACUGCGCUGGUCAUUGGCAGACCGCACGUUUAUUGUUCGACACCGGGUCGCACGCCUCUUAUAGGAAUUUGUUCAUCGCAAAGCGACCGCCUUGCGAAACGCUGCUCACGCUUUCGUCUAAUUGUUCGGAUAAAUGCUACGAUAUUACCGCGCUGAUUCUUCCGAAAAUCACCAACGAUUUGCCGACGCAGACCUUGAGUGUUUCUAGUUGGCCACAUAUCCAAGGCUUAUUCCUAGCUGAUCCACAUUUCGCGAAGCCUGGCCGCAUAGACGUACUCGUAGGCAUGGAUUUAAUGGAUCAACUAAUCUGUGCGGAGCUUCGAAAGGAUCGAGCGCUCGCUAGGUUAUGGGAGCUCGAAGACUCGCCGCAGAAACAGCAUCUCACGCAUGAGGAAAACUUCUGCGAGAAUCACUUCAAUUCUACACAUCAAAGAAUGCCGGAUGGUCGCUUUGUGGUUGAACUACCGCUUAAACCUAACACUGUAUUGGGUGAGUCACGAAACUUCGCAAUACGUAACCUGCUAUGCAUAGAACGAAGGCUCGCUAGCAACAGCGAUUUGCGUUUGCGCUACGAUGAGUUCAUGAGAGAGCUCAUUGACAUGGGUCACAUGGAGGAGGUGUUUGAAACGACAAGUGAGGUGGAUUAUAUGCCACACCACCCAGUCAUUAAAGAAUCUAGCGUUACGACCAAGCUGAGGGUAGUCUUCAACGCGUCCGCCAAAACCACCACGGGUAACUCGCUUAAUGACGCAUUGUUUGUUGGACCUCAGCUACAGCAAGAUUUAUAUUCUAUAUUGCUGCGCUUCAGAACGCAUCGCUACGCGGUAACCGCGGAUGUAGCUAAAAUGUAUCGGCAGGUCUGCGUUUCGUCGAAACACGUCGAUCUGCAACGAAUCGUUUGGCGUCCAGAUCCAUCUUCACCCAUUAGAGAUUACCGCAUGUUACGCGUAACGUACGGGGUGGCCGCCGCGUCUCACUUAGCUGUAAAAGCGUUGCAACAAUCUGCUAAGUGCACAACUAAUGGGUGUAAGAAAGCGGUUGACGCGAUCCUCAAUGAUUUUUACAUGGAUGACCUGCUAACUGGAGCCUCUUGCAAGUCACAACUCCGGUUGCUUCAACAAAACGUAUCCGAAAUUCUUCAAGAAGGCGGCCUCGAACUAAGGAAGUGGGCAUCUAACUGCGCUGAGCUGAAAGAAAUCAUCUCCAAGUCAUCUCAAACUAUAUCCCAUUACAUAGUCGACGGUAAGGACGUUCAUGCGUUAGGCCUCAUUUGGAACAUAGAGGGCGACUACUUUACAUUCGCAGUCGACCUAAAGGAGCCACCCGCUGUUUUGACUAAGAGAGCCUUAUUGUCAGAUGCCAGUAUUCUCUUUGAUCCGCUGGGCUUACUUGCUCCUGUGACAAUAUGCUCGAAAAUGUGGUUCCAAGACAUUUGGCGCGCUGAGGUUGGAUGGGAUGACUUGAUACCAGACACAAUAGCAAAUCUAUGGGUUGAUCAUCGCGUGCAGCUGCAGAAACUAGUAAACUUGAAG